AUGCAUUUUUCGCGCCUCUUCGUUGCGGUCGGGUUCUUGGCCACGGUUGCCAUUGCCCUCCCUUCAGGCAACCCGGAUGCCGAAGCCGCCAUGGAUCUCAAGGAAUUCUGUCAGCGACAUCCCACGAUCUGCAAGAAACUCUUGAAGGGCGAGGUGGGCGACGUUGCCGAUGUGAAUGAUGUCCUCGCCGCGCGAGCCGAAGACGCGGAGGCGGUCGAUGGCCUCAUCCCAGUCCACAUCCCCGUCCAUUUCCCGAAGAAGCAUCACGGCACUCGCUCGGAAGGCGCCGACGAGGCUGAUGUUGCCGGCAAGCUCGACCCUCAGAAACACCACCACACCCCCGGCGCGCACCAUGGUCAUCCUGGCCCUCACCCCAAGCGAGCCGAGGGCGAGAACGCUGUCACUGACAACGACAUUACCGACAAAAACGCGGACGAGGAGUUUGGCGCCCUCAAGGGCGGUGGCAAGGGCAGCGGCAGAGCCCGCCCGAAGCCGAAGUCCAAGAAGCCUCACUGCACUCACAUGGGAGACGGUUGCGGAGACGCAUCUCACUGCACCUCUGGCUCGUUCAGGGCCACCGCCAAGCAGAUCUUGAUCUGUGGUAUCUGCUCUUGCCUCUAG